AUGCAGACAACACACAAGACGUACCUGAACAUGAACGACAUGAAAGUGGUUGCACGCUACUUUGAGAGUCUUGCCGACUUUGUGACACUUGGGAAGGUGUGUCCAUAUUACCGCCACGUGAUGACUGAAAUUGAAAGCAACCCAUUUCCAAUUGACAGAAAGACACUCAAGGCAUUUCCAGCACUCACCACACUCAACAUAUGGAACACUUACGAUGAGCACUUUGGCAACAGCCCAUUCGCACCACGCGAUGGCAUUGCUGAUUGUGCACAAAAGAAGGAGGUGUUCAGUCUCAAGAAGAUCUUCUUUCCACAAGAAUACAAGAGAGAGACAAGCAAAGUGGAUUUCAGCAAGAUACGUGUGUAUUAUGAAGUCGAUUACACAACGUACAGAAGAAAUUGCGAUGAAGAUGCAAAAUACGAAUAUCACAAUGUGGUGUUGGAGAAGGAUGAUGUUGUCAUUUGUGAUGAGACAAUACCAGAUGUGGUGAGAGCUGUGAAGUCACACUGUUUUGAGAACAACACGACAUUGCGGAGUGUUGUUGUUCCUUUGAAAGUGACAUCACUUGAUCAACACGUGUUUAGUGGAUGUUCCAAUUUGAGUGCAAUUUCUCUUCCAAAUGCGUUGUGUGACAUUUCAACAAGUUGUUUUCAGAAUUGUGUGAGACUUGAAGAGAUCAACAUCCCACCACUGGUGACAUCAAUUGAUGCAAAUGCGUUUGACAGUUGCAGUCGCAUCACACGCAUAUCACUUCCAAGUGCAGUUUCGUUCUUGAAUGGGUCAACUUUUGCAAAUUGUGUUUCACUGUGUGCCAUCGACAUCAGUGGAGUUGUUGCGUUGGGUGAGAAGUGUUUCUACAACUGCAGAAGUUUGUCAGAUGUGCGUGUUGCUGUCUUGACGCGUGUUGAAAAGGAGUGCUUUUGUGGGUGUGAGAAGUUGAGUGUGUUGUGCAAGUUGGCAGAGCAGCAGUCUCUCAAAGCAUCGACAUUUGAGCGGUGCAGUCUGCUGACAUCAAUCGAGUUGUGUGGCAAUUUCAGCACAAUUGAAGACCACUGCUUUGAGUCGUGUGUGAGUUUGCAAGCAGUCACAUUCGAGAAGAUGUGCAGACUCGUCAAAAUCGGCGACUCUGCGUUCAGCAACUGCAAACAGCUGAAAUGCGCAAAUUUGCCACAAACAGUCACCUCUCUUGGCAGAAAGUGCUUCUCGUGUUGCGACACGUUGAGUGCAGUCACACUGCCAUCACUCAUCACCGAACUCAAACAAGAAACUUUCAACGAGUGCAUAUCACUUCAACACAUUGUCGUGCCACAAAGUGUCAAUGCUAUUUGGGCAUCGUGUUUCUUCAACUGCAAGGCACUGUGUGACGUCACACUCCCUCACAAAGCUAUCUACCUGGCCGAUAAGUGCUUUGUCGGCUGUCAACAUCUCACUCGUGUUGUCAUCCACAAAGACACAAAACCAUUCGACGACUCAUACUACAACACAAAUUACACAACUGUCGUCAGAUUGGACACACUCGCUAUGCUCACAGCUCACAACAACAAAUAA